GGGGCUUUCAUGUUCCAGGGUGUUCCAAUCAAUGGCAUACCAAGCAGUCGAUUAAAAGUAUUGCGAGGGCUGGAACAAGACUUAAAUGAAUUUCUGGCUUUAGUUCCUGCUAAAAAAAUUGAAGAAAUCGUUCUGAAUUAUUUAAGUUCUGACGAAGAUCUUCAAACAGCCUUAGAAUACGUAAUUUCGGAUAGCUUUAAAUCCCUUAUCGUUGAAGUUGAAUCAAUCCACGAAGUGAAGGUCUUUGUCAAGUAUCUCCACGAAUCUGGUCUGGACGUCUAUACACUCAUUAACCAAAUUCACGACUUUUUGGGUCUGGAUCAUGUCGUUCCACCAACACAGCGAUUAGGAAUAAUAAAAAUUACUGGAGGACUUCCAGGCUUAAUAGCUGAUAUUAAGGCUGUACUUCCGGUUAAAUCUCUCAUCGUGGAAGUUGAAUCAAUUAACGAAGUAAAGGCCUUUGUCAAGUAUCUCCACGAAUCUGGUCUGGACGUCUAUACACUCAUUAACCAAAUUCACGACUUUUUGGGUCUGGAUCAUGUCGUUCCACCAAAACAGCGAUUAGGAAUGAUGAAAAUUACUGGAGGACUUCCAGGCUUAAUAGCUGAUAUUAAAGCUGUAGUUCCGGUUGAAAAAAUUGAAGCUCUAUACCAGGAAAAAUUAGUAUCAUCAAAAGAUUUCGCAACUUUGAUCCAACGUCUUGGAUCUCCUGAAUGCCAACAAAUUGUCAACACCGUCUGGGGAAAUGAAAAACUCCAGGAGCUCAUCAGCAGAGCUGAAGCUAAAGGCGUUGAUGUGAGAGCCAUCCUAAACCUUAUUACCGAGAUACUUGGUAUCAAAUUUCCCACUCCUAAACUUCGUUCUAUGAAAGGCUUAACUGACGAUCUCGAAGACUUCUUGGCUCUAAUUCCAAAAGAAGAAAUUGAAGAAAUCGUUCUGGAUUAUUUGAGCUCUGACGAAGAUUUCCAAGCAGCCGUAGAAUAUAUACUUUCUGAUGCCUUCAAAUCUCUCAUCGUGGAAGUUGAAUCAAUUAACGAAGUAAAGGCCUUUUUCAAGUAUCUCCACGAAUCUGGUUUGGACGUCUAUACACUCAUUAAACAAAUUCACGACUUUUUGGGUCUGGAUCAUGUUGUUCCACCAACACAGCGAUUAGGAAUGAUGAAAAUUACUGGAGGACUUCCGGGCCUAAUAGCUGAUGUUAAGGCUGUACUUCCAGUUGAGAAAAUUGAAGCUCUAUACCAGGAAAAAUUAGUAUCAUCAAAAGAUUUCGCAAUUUUAAUCCAACGUCUUGGAUCUCCUGAAUGUCAACAAAUUGUCGACACCGUCUGGAGAAAUGAAAAACUCCAGGAUCUCAUCAGCAGAGCUGAAGCUAAAGGCGUUGAUGUGAGAGCCAUCCUAAACCUUAUUACCGAGAUACUUGGUAUCAAAUUUCCGGCUCCUAAACUUCGUUUUAUGAAAGGCUUAACUGACGAUCUCGAAGACUUCUUGGCUUUAAUUCCAAAAGAAGAAAUUGAAGAAAUCGUUCUGGAUUAUUUGAGCUCUGACGAAGAUUUCCAAGCAGCCUUAGAAUAUGUACUUUCUGAUGCCUUCAAAUCUCUCAUUGUGGAAGUUGAAUCAAUUAACGAAGUAAAGGCCUUUUUCAAGUAUCUCCACGAAUCUGGUUUGGACGUCUAUACACUCAUUAACCAAAUUCACGACUUUUUGGGUCUGGAUCAUGUCGUUCCACCAACACAGCGAUUAGGAAUGAUGAAAAUUACUGGAGGACUUCCAGGCUUAAUAGCUGAUAUUAAGGCUGUACUUCCGGUUGAGAAAAUUGAAGCUCUAUACCAGGAAAAAUUAGUAUCAUCAAAAGAUUUCGCAAUUUUAAUCCAACGUCUUGGAUCUCCUGAAUGUCAACAAAUUGUCGACACCGUCUGGGGAAAUGAGAAACUCCAGGAGCUCAUUAGCAGAGCUGAAGCUAAAGGCGUUGAUGUGAGAGCCAUCUUAAACCUUAUUACCGAAAUACUUGGUAUUAAAUUUCCAGGUCCUAAAUGGCACCUAACCCGUCAACGAAAUCUUAAAGAUGAUUUGGACGACCUGCUUGAGCUGAUUCCCAAUGAUAAGAUCCUUGAAGUCGCUUUGGAAUACCUUGCUCUAGACGAAGAUUUUCAAUCUGCCUUAGAGUACAUAAUAUCAGUAGAUUUCGCAGGUUUUAUUUUAGAUGUUGAAUCUAUUGAAGGAGUUUGCGAUUUCCUGGAAUAUUUGCAGGAAUCUGGUCUGGAUAUUCAUAACUUUCUGAACAAGCUCCAUGAAAGUUUAGAACUCGAACCUCUUUACCCUCUACUGAAAGCCGUAAAAGUUGCUAGACUCACUGGAGGACUUCCAGGAUUUUUGGAGGACAUUAAGGAAAUUCUUCCUCUCAAAGAUAUUGUCGCUGUAUAUAAGGAGAAGCUAGAAACCUCUGUACCGCUCAAAGAUCUUCUUCGUCGUAUUCAGUCUCCUGAGUUUCAAGUAAUGAUAGAUGUUCUUAUGGAAAACGAGAAGCUUGUGAAGUUGAUGGAUGAAGCUGAAACCAGGGGUGUCGAUGUUAACAUUAUCCUUCAGACUAUCAGCAAAAUUCUUGGCAUAAAAUUACCAUCUAGACCACGCGCUUUACUUAUGUCAACCCGUUUAGUGAACGAGGAUCUGAUCGCAGAUCUUAAAGAGAUUGUGGACUUAAUUCCAACCAAAAAAAUAACUAGGAUUGUCUUGCGUUAUGCUGUCUCAGACAAAGACUUUCAGAGAGUAAUGAAGUACAUGCUAUCCGAUAAAUUUCAUACCCUUAUUCGAAAUGUAGAAGAGACGCCGGAAAUGAAAGACUUUUUAAUGUAUUUUAAUGAUAUCGGAUUGGAUGUUUACAGGUGGAUCAAAAUCUUCCAUAAAGUUAUUCAAAUGGAUGAUUUGAAAGUCAGAAGCUCAAUUUUUUUUACUGGCGGUAUUCCUUCAUUGAUUAAAGACAUAAGGGAAGUGUUGCCUCUUGAAAAACUAUAUGCUCUUUACGACGAAAAAUUAGCCAACUCUCCAGCCUUUUCUGAAUUUGUCGAACGACUUCGAUCUCAAGAGUUACAGAAACUUAUAAACACAUUGUCGGAAAAUAAUGAAGUCCAACGAUUAUUAGACACAUUAGAUUCUAUGGGACUCGAUGUGGAUGCUAUCUUCAACCUUUUGUCAGACUUUUUUGGUAUCUUAUUUCCAGAACGCCCCAUUUAUUAGUCUUAAUAUAUUAUUGAAACGCUUCCGAUUAUCUUCUGAUCUGAAUAUUCUU